AUGAAGUGGAGCGUAUCACAAUUUAGUGAUCUUUAUGCUUCCAUUGAUGCUAAGGCAAUUAGCUCCGAGCUAUUCACUCAAUUAUUGCCUGAUCUGAAAGAACUUCUCAAAUAUCCACCAAAGAACACCGAAUCACGGAACAAACUAGAAAAACUACAAGAUUACAAGACCGAUGAUGGGUCAAUCUUCAAAUUGAACCAGGAUUUCAUUAUAUCUAUAAUCUCAUUAUCUGAUGAACUUAACUUAGAUGAAUUAGAGGCAGUGAAUUUGGUAUUAGAAAAUUCCCCUGGGAGUCAAAUAUAUGCUUCUGAAGUAGUUAAUAAUGGUAAAAUAUCCUUUUUCCUCAGAAGGCAAUACAUACUUCAGAUUGUGUCUUAUAUCUGCAAUGCUGAAGAUGUUAUGAGUCCUUAUUAUAAAAAGUUCUUUAAUGCAGAAACCAAUACCACUAUUUUAAGCAAAGUCCUGGAGAAUUUUGAUAUAAUAUCGAAACACUUGUCAGAUAUCAAGCAGGAAGUGAAUAGAAAUCAAAUCCUUGAUAACAUGAAUCCAUUGAUUACUCAAGGCAUUCAUUUUAAAAGGGAUUUUUUCUCUAAAGAAUAUGAUUUACUUAGUCAAGUGCUAUAUGGAUUGUCAAAAAGAUCAUUAAUAAAUACACAGAUCAGUUCCGUUGAUUUGAUUAUUGAACAUUCAUUAAAAAUGGAAACUAAUGACUUCUUCGUGGUGUAUUUUCUUCCAACGUUAUUAAACUUAUUUUCUAAUCUUAACACAUUCUCUGAUGUGGAUAUAUUCGGACUGCACAAGAAGUAUACUAAUGAGUUGAUAACAAAACAAGAGCAAGUUUAUAAAAAACCAAUGAAGGUAUUAAUUAUGUUUAUUUUUCUAACAUUUUUGAUUGGAUGGUGUAAAGAAGACCCCCAAAAUAGAGUAACAAAACUGAAUUUCAAAUCCGAUAUUGAUGACCCCAUGACUAUCGCAGUUGAAUUAGGUGCAAUUGAACAACUACUGAUUGUAAUAGCUGAUUUAUCUCGGAUAGAUGAAUCAACAGCUGUACAAUAUUAUGAUUUUAGGGCACUUUUGGAAAGACACCUACCAAGAUUUAUCCCAUUACAGUUAGUGGAUGAAAAUGUUAUACAGAAGUAUAAUCAAAUGUCUAGCUUGACUGAACGUUCUGACAGCACAAAGAUAAAUGGACCUCAUGAAAGCUUUAGCAGGAAUACCUACCGUCCUCCUUCAAUGAUUUCACCUAACAACUAUAGCAAAGACAACAGGUUCACAAAUGGGUUAGGAUCAACCUCGAUUAGUAUGGAUAGAUUAAAUGAGGGAAGGGUUUUUUUCUCUACUUCAGAUAUGAAUAAAGAAAUUUCAAAGUUUCGUGAAAAUAUUUCCGAAAUGUUUGAGAUGUUUCUAGAAGAAAAUAUCCAUCAUUUCAUCCAAACAUUUAUUUCAGAUUGUGCAUUUUUGCUAACAAAAUUAAAAGACGCUGAAGAGGACUCGUUAUUGUCCGGUGAAGAUCUUGAUUUGGAUGAUAUAGCAACCAAAGCAGAUUUAGAAAGAUUCUUUGUGUCAGUAUUUUACUUCUAUUCCAAGAGACCACAUUACGUAGCUGCUUUUUGGGAAGACAAGGAAUCUGCAGCAUAUGGCUUUGUUGAAUGGGCUUCAAAAUGUAAUGAUAAUUUGAUGAAGUCCUGCUUCUAUUUAAUGCUAGGUGGGUUAUCAUCUGGUAAAGAGAAUGCUUUGAAUGUCUAUUACUACCUUGGUGACUCCAAUCCCACCUCUUGGAAAAGAAUAGCUGAUACUAUCGGUAGCUAUUCCUCUAAAAUACUAAACUUAGGGAAAGCUAUUCAAGCAAAGGAACAAGAAAAUGAGGGUGAGCUCAACACAACGCUACUUGCUUUAGAAGAAGGUUUGAAUGAAGAAACAAUAGUAUUUUUGUCCUCAUUGCUCACUUUGAUAAGUUCUGUAGCGGAUCAAAUGGAGCCUGAUGAGAAGCUAAUGUUCUCUCAUUUAUUUGUUGAUGUUAUCUUUGAGUUAACAAAAUGUGAAACUCCUCUGGUAGGUGCCUGCUUUAAUACGAUCAGUACACUGGUCCCAAUUUUAGAAAGCGACAGAGCUAGCAUUUGGCAUAAGCUGGAUAGCACUUUAUUCAAGGGCGUUGCCUUGUCUGACACAUCGCAGUAUAUUUCUGCCUUCAGUUCGAUUUUGACUACAUACUCUGAUGUCCUUGGAUUUCUUGCAUUGAUUAGAAAUUUACUACAGAUUGAAUCUUUUGAUUGUAACAAGGAGUUUCUAGUAUUUGGACAUCUACAAUAUCCAAAUCAGUUAGGUCGUCCAUACAGAAAGUCGGGAAUUUGGCCUUACUUAGAAUUUGUAAUGAAUGAGGUAUUUGUCAACUCAGACAAAAUUACAGAUUCAUUUAAAAGACAUGAAUUACAGGAACGUGUGCUUGAAAUAAUUCUGACCUGUUUGAAUUCAUUUGACUAUUCUGUGCUAUUAAACUCUAUUUCUGUUGGUGCUAAUUUAGACAACCUUGUUCAUGGUGAGAAUUUUGCAAGUUAUGUUCAGGAUAAUGCAGCACCUGCGAUGUUCAAUUUUUUGUUUCAGGAAAAUGUAUAUACAAAACUAUACUCCAUUGCAUCAGUAGGGAUAGAUAAUUCCUCCCUUUUAAAACCACACAGUCAGCUGCAAACUCUUUUGCGUCUUUCUUUAUCUGUUAUAGAGAGAACAUUGGAUUACGAAAAGACUUAUACAGAAGAAUUGCUCACAAUAAUCAAAAAAUAUCAAAGCGGUGAAUUUUAUAGGCCAAAAUACUACGGUCUUCACGGUCUUGUAUCUUUCACGCAAACAGUUUUCUUCAAUUUGGAUUUUGUCACUUGUCUAGGGUUAUAUAUUGGCCUGGACAAUGACAGUAUUCCUAUAAUCUCGAUUAAUAUCUUACGAAAAUUGGCACUAUUAUUUAAUUCAACAGAGCCUGAUCCAAUAUUGGGUAACAAGUUAUUUACACUUUUUGAUUCUAUUGAUGAGUCAGCAAGAAUCAAAGAUGCUUUUAUUGAUCAACUUGAUUGUCCUAUCGAAAAUUCAGACAAUUUAAUGCUGAAAGUGGAGAUUCUUGAAUUUCUAAAAGACAGUUUGGAUAUCGAAUCGUCAAAACCUAGUGUUGCACAUUUAUUAUUGGGCUUUCAAUAUGAUAAUACGCUAACUUUUGGGCCCAAUUUAAGUACUUUUAUUCAGUCUGGGCAUUCACUCUUUCAUUCGGUAAUUAGACUUUUGAUUUCUGCUUUGAAUGAACUGUCCAGUUAUAAAAUUGAUUUUGCACCAAUGCGAUUAGCAGCAUUAUCGCUGCAAUUAUUAGAGCUCAUGUGUAAAAGUCAGUUGACAUCGGAUCUGGUAAUUGAACAUAUCACAAAUAAUGAAAUAAUAAAGAAGAUUAUGGAUGUUGAUCCCCAAACGUCAAAUCACACUUUGUGGAAUGGCCUAAAUUUGGAAUCUACUACUCAAUCAACCAAGGCACGCUUUAUUCAAGGUAGCUCGGCUGGUGCAUAUCUAAUGUUUUUGAGAUACAGGACAUCAAUGAUUCAGUUCCUAAACGUUGUUAUUCAUACUAUCUCAUUGAAGGGUACCAUUUCAAGAGUAGCACCGUAUACAAGUUAUCUGAUAUCCAACUCUAUCUACUCUGCUCGAAUUUUUUCUCUGUUGCGUCCCCUACAUCAAAAUAUAAUCUUAAAGGAAAAGAUAGUGCCAGAAAACCUUCAGCUUCUAAAGGAUUUGCCAGUUGAUUUGGAUAAAGUCCAGCUAAGAAAAAGUUGCACAGGAAAUAUCUAUGAUUUUGAUGAAAUUAGCUCAGUACUUGAAUUACAUAGUAAGACUUAUUCUGUGUCUCAGCUAAACUCAAAGGAAUUUAUGGAUAAGAUACUAUCCGAGUUUGAAGAGGUAAAGCAACUUAUUACUCUAUUUCUAGUAAGAAAGGAGUCAUUUUCUCAACAGCUGGCUAUUCUUCAUAACUGGGUCCAACUUGUUCAAAUCAUUGUAUCUGACGGAAAUUUGGGUGAGAGGAAAAGAUCUACAUUUAUUCUGGAGGUUUUUGAUAUGGUUACUCCAAAAAUAAGUGUUUAUGUUGAUAUCGAUGUUAAGUUUGCAGAAGAACUGGUUUCUCUAAUGGUAUUCCUAUUCCAUAUAUAUAAUCAAUCGAAUGCAAGCUCAUCUGGAAAGUAUUUUCUGGACUCUAAACUGCACAAUUUAUUCCAAGUAUGCAUAAGAGGGAUAAGUUCUCCAUUGUCAUCCUUGAAACUGAGAUCAGAUUUUUACGUUAUUGCUAACAAUUACCUACUGCGGGUUUUGAAAAACUCUGGUAUGGCUUAUGCGAUAGUGAAGGAUUUACGCCUAAAUAAUGAGAGGCUGGUAGAAGUGAUUUGUAACGACGCUAUUUAUGGAGAAGGAGCAAUUAAGAUAACGGGGUUGUUACUCCUGGAUUCGUUAGUACAACUUGGAAAUCAUCAUCAGGAGAAUUUCAUAGUUAUGACUUUAAUGAGAAGUACAAAAUUAUUUCACAUCAUUCGUUCUUUGAAAGCGACAGAUUCACUACUAAAUGCAAGCACAGAAAAUGUCAAUGUUGAGAAUUUCCUGUAUGAGCUCACUGCUUUCAAGGCAACAGCAUAUUUCUUGAUAAGAAUUGCAGAAACAAGAGAAGGUGCUGUAGCACUGAUUGAAAGCAAAGUUUUUGAUAUUUUAGCUGAGCUAAAUUUCUUGAAGAUUGAUCCGGACCUAGGACUUGAGUUAGUAUUUGACGAAACUUCUAAUAAUACUUCCUCUUUAUUGAGAGUAAACAUUACAUUUGAUGAACCUCUAAUUUUGGGUAAAGAAGCGACUUCGGUCUCAAUUUUUGAAUUGAUAAUUCCAAUUUUCCAGCUGAUGCUUGCCAUUGUUAUCAGUUCAGGGAGAUUUAAUGAUGCUGUAAGAUUAGCAACCACUUCCUUGUUGAAGCAGUAUCAAAAAUUGAUCAUAGGUACUUUUAAGAGAGAUACGCUUUAUAAAUCUGGAAAGAAGCAAGCCUCGGAUGAAUUGAAAUAUAAACAUCACCAAGAAUUUAUCAAGCUUGUUGUUUUAAUCUGCACCAUCACCAAAUAUGAAGAUAAAUAA